UAAGUGGGCGUAGGCUAGGUAGCAGCAUCACUAUCACCACAUCAAGCACCACACUAGGUCUGCUGCCUCCUCUCCUGCACUACAGUAGUACACUGGCGAGAGGGAGAGAAAGGGGAUGAGAGAUAGAGGGAGAGAGCGAGAGAGAGACAAAGUGUAUGAGAGAGAGAGCGUGUGAGAGUAAAAGAAGGAGGUAGACAUUGGAGGAGAGAGAAAGAGAGAGGUGUGAGAAAGAUAGAGAGAGAGAGAGAGAGACAGCUGAGGGGAAGGUAGGGAGGAGGAAGAGAGCAAAAAGAAAGGAAGGAAAAGGAGAGAAGGGGGCUAAAGGAAGACAGGAUGGCAGAGCCAGAGCUGAAAUCACAGAGCAGCCUGGAGAGCUUGAAGAAGGCAGCCGAGGGCCAAGAGAAGAUGGAGGCUGAGGCGGUUCCGGACAACCCAGACAAGCCUCCUUCGCCGGACAAGCCUCCAUCCAAGCCUCUGUCCCAAUCCACCAUUACCGACACCGGCACCGUGGCAGCCACCACCCCUACUGCCGAUGCCUCCUCCCCAGCCAAGGCAGCGGGCGGCAAGAUCGAGCUGAAGCGCAGCAUCACGCUCUUCAACGGUGUGGGCAUGAUCAUCGGCACCAUCAUCGGCUCGGGCAUCUUCAUCACGCCCACAGGGGUGGUAAAGGAGGCUGGCUCGGCCGGUCUGUCGCUGGUGGUGUGGGCCGUGUGCGGUGUGGUGUCCACCAUGGGCGCCCUGUGCUACGCCGAGCUGGGCACCACCAUCACCAAGUCGGGUGGAGACUACACCUACAUCCUGGAGGUGUACGGCGAGCUGGCCGCCUUUCUCAAGCUGUGGGUGGAGAUGCUGAUCAUCAGGCCAUCCUCCCAGUACGUGGUGUCGCUGGUGUUCGCCACCUACCUGCUCAAGCCCCUCUACCCAAACUGCAGUGUGCCCGACAGUGCCGCCAAGCUCAUUGCUUGCCUCUGCCUCACAUCAUUGACCUUUGUGAACUGCAUCAGCGUGCGGGCUGCCACCAAGGUCCAGGACUUGUUCACUGCGUCAAAGCUCCUGGCCCUGAUCAUAAUCAUCGUUUUUGGAUUCAUUCAGAUCGGUACAGGUGAUGUGCCAUACCUGACACCAGAACUGGCGUUUGAAGGCAGCAAAUGGGGAGUCGACAACAUUGUGUUGGCUCUAUACAGUGGACUCUUUGCUUUUGGUGGCUGGAAUUACCUGAAUUACGUGACAGAGGAAAUGAUCAAUCCAGAGAGAAACCUGCCACUGUCCAUCAUUAUCUCCAUGCCCAUUGUGACUGUGGUGUACGUACUGACCAAUCUGGCCUACUUCACCACUAUCCCCCCGAGUGUGAUGGUUGAGUCCGAGGCAGUAGCUGUGAUCUUUGGGGAGUACCAUCUUGGUGUGAUGUCCUGGCUCAUCCCUGUCUUUGUGGGGCUGUCCUGCUUCGGAGCGGUCAAUGGAAGCCUGUUCACCUCAGCACGGCUGUUUUAUGCUGGCGCUCGAGAGGGUCAGCUCCCUGCUGCACUGGGAUUGGUCCACACUGACCUCUUCACUCCAGUGCCCUCCCUCAUUUUCACGUGUUUCCUGUCCAUGCUGUAUGCCUUGUCCAAGGACAUCUUCUCAGUCAUCAACCUGUUCAGUUUCUUCACCUGGCUGUGUGUUGGCAUGGCUAUCGCCGGCUUGCUGUGGCUCCGCUGGACCAAGCCAGAGCUCAGGAGACCCAUCAAGAUUUGGUUGGUGGUCCCUGUGGUGUUUGUGCUGGGCUGUGUCUUUAUGAUCGUGGUGUCCUUCUGGGCAGCUCCCUUUGAGUGCCUGAUAGGCAGCGGGAUUAUCCUCACUGGUAUCCCCGCCUAUCUUCUGGGGUACAAGUGGAAGAAGCCCCACGUUGUAAAGAAAGUCCUAGAGAUCUUUACUCUGUUCUGCCAGAAGAUUUUUAUGUCUGUUCCAGAAGAGCGGGAAGAGAAGGAAUCAGCCGAAGUAGCUGAAGAAGUCGAAACAACAAAGGACGACUGAGUCAAUCUUUUAGUUGGAACAUUACAUGUUUACACUCAUUAUUGCUUUUGUGACAGAGUUCAAUGACUCUUGGUAAAGUAGGGUUUAUACAUAUAGGGUUUAUAUGUAUGCUUCGGUGUACAUAUUUUGUAUUUUACAUGCAUUUUCAUACUGUAUCAUCCCUUUGUACUCUCUCCAGCAAUUCAAUUACAGUUAUUACACUUUCCAGUCGUAUAGAGUACUUCAAACAUCCUCACAUUUUACCUUACCUAACCUUUUGUAUUUUAUUUUUACCUAUUUUGUUCUUCAGUAUUCAAUAGACCCGAAUUAAGAUAACAAAAAGAGGAGUCAGGAAACAGACAAAAUAGUCAUAUUUUCAUCAAGUUUUGGUAUGGUCCCGAGACAAUCAUCCAAAUCUAGAUAACUACACUACCGGUCAAACGGUUUAGAACACCUACUCAUUCAAGGGUUUUUCUUUGUUUUUACUAUUUUCUACAUUGUAGAAUAAUAGUAAAGACAUCAAA